UGACGCAAAAAACAUCACUUGGUUUUUAAAAAAAAUAGUUCAAACCUAUUGAAAGAUAACAUAUAUGAAAAACUGAAAUUAUUAUUUAAAAAUCAUAGUUAUUAUACUUGUGCAUGAUCAAUUUGAGUAGUUUGCUGUAUCUGCAUGGAAACAAAUGAUUAUAUUGCAACAAUUCUGAAUUUAUUCAAAAGUCUUUAAGAAUGAAGGUUAUUGGUUUUGCUUACAUGUAAUAAUGGCAUGCGUUGGUAAUAUUUUUAAAAAUAGGAAAAGAUCAAGUAAAAAUAAAACAGUAAUCAUCGAAAAAUACGAUAAUGUUGACGGAGAAAAAGAACAGCAAGAUAGCAUGGUCACGAUAAAAGAAAUCGACACUAUUAUAAAUCCAACAGUUUUAAACUCGUCUUUAGACGAAGAAAACAUCUUUACCGUUUUACUAAAAAAUAAUAUCAAUAUUUCAAAAUGGUUACAGCUAAAAAAUAACGUCACUGUUGAAUAUUGCAUCCGAUUGUUAAAUAGCCGCGAUUAUUUGACUCGCAUGGUAAGCAUCGAAAACAAUGAUAGUAGUGGAAUACCUAAUUACAAUUCUUUAGGCGGUGUUUUAUCAAAUUUUGAUUCAUUUUUACGAAAAAAAAAAUGGCAUUGGAUGCCUUUAGGAGAAAAUUCAUUUUCUUUUUAUGUUGAAAAACUGAUGGAGAUAAGAGGAGUUAGAGAUAGAGAACGAUUUAUUAAGGAUUCAGAAAAAUUUUUACAAAUCUACAAGUCUCGUUCAGAUAAAACUGACGUUUUAAACCACACCGAUUACUGGGGAAGUCUUCAACAGAUAAUGUCUGGAAAAGUAAUUGCUGAUUUUGUUGCUGAAGAUUAUGGUCCUAUAGAUCCUGUCUUUGGUGUCCUUCUUAAUCCAACAACAGUUUAUCCUCCUCCGGCUAGUUGCCAUAUAGAGGCUACAUUACCGAGGCCCACAAUGACAAGUUCGGCUCCCCAAGGAGCGUCAUAACCUGCUCUACGGACUAAGAGUAAAGUGAUUUUGGGAAGAACGAAGAUAUGUUAGAGUGAAAGAUAGAAGUAGUCGAGUUAGAAAGAUAGCAUAUAGAAAACGGACAGGAUUGCACACGAUAUUAUAAGAUGCAACAUGUUAUUAUACACAUAUUAGCUUAAGCUAGUUAUUGUAUGUCUUAAUUUAAACCUUUUUAUUGGUAUUGUUGUUUAUCCUCCUCCGGCUAAUUGCCAUAUAGAGGCCACAUUACCAAGGCCCUCAAAGACAGGUUCGGCUCCCCAAGGAGCGUCAUAACCCGCUCUACGGACCAAGAGUGAAGUGAGUUUAUGAAGAACGAAGAUAUGUUAGAGUGAAAGACAGAAGUAGUCGUGUUAGAAAGACAGCAUAGAGAAAGCAAACAGGAUUGCACUCGAUGUUAGGAGGAGCAAUAACGGUAAAUAUUAAAGUUUUAGAAUAUAUCCGUUCAAACCUUUUUAUUUAUUAAGUUUAGUUAAGACUUCAAUGUUAAAUAGACCUCUUCAAGACCUGUCAUUUUAUAUACAUUUUUGCUUGUGGGUUUAAAAAAACUCAAAAUAGUGUAGGGUAGGGUGGCGUAAUGUGGGUCUACGGGGUAAUCUGGGUCUAACUCAUAUUUAUCUAAUUCAUAUAUUAU